GACGCGCGGGAACUCCUUUUCCUCGUCGUCGCUGCUCCCAACGAAGGGCCCAACGGCAAUCCACAACGAACACCUGCUGACUAUCCGACCCUCACAACGACCAACCAGCUCGCCGGCGUCAGAACACCCUCAUCUGUGUCAUCCUAGUCGUUCCCAGCCCCAAUGUCCAUAUCCCAGUCGCUCCGUUCCGCCGGCACACGACGCUGCACAGCUCGUGCAAUUCUCCGUAGAUUCCCACCACCUUCACAACCAACACUGCCCAUCCGCACCCACACAACCAGAACAACCACCGCCGACUUCGGGAACGACCCCUCCUUCCAUCCCCGCCCGCGAACUCCAAAUGUCCUGGAACGCGCGUUCAUCGCAGCGACGUCGGCUAUCGGCGCCAUGCGCGAUCCCACACGGCAGGAAACCGUCGCGCACCUCGGCGAAGUAACCGGCCUGCACACCCUCGCCCAGAUGCGCGACAAGAUGCUCCUCUCCCCAACCGGCCGCCGCAUCCUCCGCACCCGCCCCAUCCUCACCUCCACAACCCUCAACCUCCCCGCCCUGCGCCGCUUACCCCCCGGGACGUUCGGCCGCGAAUACGUCACCUUCCUCGACGCUGAGCACGUCUCCCCCGACACCCGCGUGCCCGUGACCUACAUCUCCGACCCGGAACUCGCGUAUGUGAUGAGACGGUAUCGCGAGGUGCAUGAUUUUAUGCAUACGCUUACGGGCCUGCCGACGACCGUGGAGGCGGAGAUUGCGUUGAAGUGGUUGGAGAUGGUGCAGAGUGGGGGGAUGCCUGUGGCGGCGCUCAGUGCGUUUGUCGGGCCGUUGAGAUUGAGUGCUGCAGAGAGGGACAGGUUUUUUGGCGUGUAUGUGCCGUGGGCGGUGCAGUGUGGAGCCAGCGCGGCGUUUGUGCUCAAUGUGUAUUAUGAGGAGAUGCUGGAGAAGCCGUUGGAGACUGUGAGGAGGGAGUUGGGGUUCAUUCCAUUGCCUUCGAUCGUAUAAGGGUGGAGGAGCGGUUCACACUCAAAAAGCGGACAUGCGGACAAAUUAGGACAUUAUCGGACGUCCUUGGCAUUCAUAAUAUCACCG